AUGUCCAUGGCGCAUUCUUGUUCCUCUUCAACUUGCAAUGACUGUGGAAGGAAGCAUAUGCGUUCUGUUAGCUCUCGUGGAGAUGCAUCGCUGAUCUGCCAUUGUAGAGAGAAGACUGUGUUGAGGACUGCAAGAACCACCAAGAAUCGAGGGAAACAGUUCUGGGGUUGCCCUAGGUAUAAGCUAGGGAGUGAAAAUGGAUGCAACUUCUUCAGAUGGUUUAGUGAUUGGGGAGUUGAAGAAAGUAUUAGCUGUGAGCUUUUGGAAGCAAAUGACGUGAGGUUGGUGAAGACUUUUGAAAAGCAAGGUGUUAAGCAGAUGUCUGAUGUGGAGAAAGCUGUGGUGGGUCUUCAAAGAGAGAUGAAAUAUUUGGUUGUGGUUAUUAGUGUUCUAUUUGUAAUGAACACGAUUAUAAUUGCAAUGAUGAUGGGAAGGGCUUGA